AUGCAACUUUGUAAUAAUACAAUGUUGAAUUCACCGAGCGAUUUGCAUUCAUCAUGCAAUAUUUUGGAUUUCAGUAACAUAACAAUCAGUAAUGGUAAAGAAAUUGAAGGAAACAAAAUCGAUUAUGCUGCACUUGAACGAAAAAAAUUACGACAAAUUCGCAACAAUGAUGCUGCCCGAAGGUCACGUCAAGCACGUCAUGAUAAAGAAGUAAAAAAUCGUACUCGUAUGAUUGCGCUUGAACAAGAGAAUGAUGCAUUACGGGCGCAAAUUGAUGUAUUGAAAAAAGAAUUGGAACAUGUACAUUUAAUUAUUUUAGCAACAAAUCUUACGUGGAAAAGAUUACUUACAAAAUCAAUUUUAGAUAAGAAUUACAAUAAUAUGAUUUACUUUUUAGUAUAG